GACACGCAGCUGGCAAUUGGUUACAGAAUAAGAAUUAAAUCAGUAUAUAAAGAAGCUAGGGGAAUGAGGGAAGGCAUUGAUAUAUUUCCAUAGGCUAUUUGGGAGGUCCCCCAGCUCCUCGAACUGCUGGGAAACUAUCCAUUGUUUCUUGUUUCAAUCAAAUUCUACUUAACACCAGCUACUGUUUACUUUGAUUGUGCACUCUUUUGGUCGUUGUAUUGUGUGUGUUGUUGUGAUUGUAUGUUGUGCAGGGAAGUUCCAUCAGAGUUCCAUCAUUGCAUUUAUAUGGAAACUGAACAUUUAAGUUUUAUGUCAACACAAUAGUAUGAAAAUGUUUUAACUUAUUAUGAUCUAGAAAAGAUACCAUGUUCAUUUCAAAUUUAGUUAAGACCUAAUAAUCUUGGUAUUCUUUCAUUUUUAAUUUUUCAUUGUUGAAUUUGUUAACCUUUGGGGACAAUUCAAGGGGAUGAAUACGAUAUGUCUGCAGUCUAUGAAGUAUGAAACAGCACCCUUUCAUAAACUUUUUGACAGUGGUUAGCUUUGGCGUUAUUCUGUUUUUUGGAAUUCUUCUGUUAUGUAUCAUUAUGGUUGUAUAUGUGUAUUUUAAUCUUUGAACAUGGUAGUUCGUUUUUCUAUUGGAUACUCAUUUUUUUUAUUAUGUUCUAUGGAAAAGCUUAUGCUUCACAUUACUACCUCCCAUGACUGCUAGUAGUUUGCUAAAAAAGUAUUUCAUUUCUAAACAGAAGAAGAAACUUAGAAGCCGGCAGAAGAAAUUGAAAGCUUAUGACCUCUCCUCUCUCUCAGAGUUCCUUCCUGAACUGAAAUCUCCUCAGCAACCAAUUGCAGCAACUGAUUUCAAGCUGAAUUGCAAGUCUAGGAAAAAACUAAUGUUUGUGCUUCAUUUCAUUAUUUUAAGAUUGAAGGAAGGGAAACAGUUGAGUACGGUUCUCAACCAUCCUGCUUUCCAGGUGGAUCCACUGGCUGCCAUUCAUCAGCACUUGGAGAGCACAGCACCUGUUUCAGAUGAGAAACCAAAGAAAAAGACAAGCAAAACUGCAAGGAAGAAGAAAAAGGGGGAUAAGUCGAAGACUUCAUCUGAACCUCAAUCUAUGGAUUUCUGACUUGAUGUAUGGACUUUCAUUCUUUCAUGAGCCAAAACCUAUUCAUAUUUUUUGUUGUGAAAAGGUUAUGCUGAUCAAAUUUUGUAUAUGAUUGAUCUUAUAUGUCGACUUAUUAAAAUAGUAGCAUGGUCUGCUCCAUUCUAGAGAA